CCCCUGUCAAGUUAAGUUAAACUUCCGCGUUCCAAAGUCCAAUAUUAGCCUAUUUAUCACAAGGCUGAGAUGGAGGUCCCAGGUAAAUUAGAUCUAGGAGCUCUAAGUGCAGAAAACUCAACAUUAGUAUGUCUCCCGUGUGAUAAUGAUGGUUUGAAGGAACCAGCUUAUGGCUUCUGCCAAAACUGCCAGGAGCAUCUAUGUGAAACAUGCUUCAAACAUCACAGACGGCCACGCCCAAUGAGAAAUCAUGUCCUUGUUGACAAGGAUUCCAUGCCAAAGAUCCAGGUAAAUGCACCUUCUGCAUCUGUUGAUACGGCCGACUUUUGCACGAAACACCAAGACAAACCACUAGAAUUCUAUUGUAGGGAUCACACAUCUGUGGCUUGUUAUGUGUGCGUUACAUUAGAACACAAACAGUGUAAUGUGGACUAUAUUCCUGAUGUUUCUGGAAACAUGUCUGACGAGAUGGCUGAUAUAUUAGAACAAAUGGAAACGUUGAUUAAAAGAUGUAAAUCGAACGUAGAAUAUGUUAGCAAAGCUGCGCAAAAUCUAGACCAGAGUCAUGCCAAAGUUGUUGAAGAUAUCAAAGUCUUCAGGAAAGAGAUAAAUGAAUGUUUGGAUAGAAUGGAAACCAGAAUAUUAAAAGAAGCUAAUGUAAUUGUAAAAAAUGAAAAAUGUAAGCAAGAAACCGUAGAAGCUGCUUGCUUAGAGAUAAUUGAAGAACUUGAAUGUUCACAUUCGUUGUUAAGGUCAUUACAGGAACAGAACAAGCAAAAUAAGCUUUUUAUCGAGAUUAAAAACGUAAGAAAAAAUCUGCCAAUACAGACAGAUAAGGAAAUGAACGUAUUGCAUGCAAAUACAACAAACGAUUGUAUUCGAUUUACCCGCAACGCAAGCAUUAUAGAUUUUCUUAAGACUGAGAAAAGUUAUGGAACAUUGUCAACAUUUGUACAGCCGUGCCAAGAUAGAGCAAUAGAAUUACAAUAUAUAGAAACAAUAGACAUGAAACUGAAACCAGAGAAAGAAAAAAGUAACAUUACUGGUCUGGUAAUGAUUGCUCCUACGAAAAUGGUUGUUUCUGAUAACAGUAACAAAAAUAUAAAACUAAUUGACGUUGAGAAAAAAGAGGUUGUAACAGAGGUAAAGAUGUCUUCACAUCCGAUCGAUGUAAUAACUCUUCCAGACAAAAAGCUUGCUGUAACUUUGUUCAAUGAAACGUUUCUUCAGAUAUUGUCUUAUUCUGACGCGAAACUUUCAUUACAUCAACGUAUAGAUGUGAAAGAAAAGUACAUUGGUGUAGCUUAUGGCCAGGAUAAAUUGGUAGUCUCUGGCUUGGCAGUAAAGAAAAUAAUCAUAAUGAAUCUUAAAGGAGAAAUUCUCAAUGUUCUUGGUUGCCCUACUCUAUUAUAUGGGCCAAUCAGAGUUUUGAUCAGCAAGGAUGAAACGUUCAUAUGUGUAUCUGAUACAGAUAAGAGUCAAAAUAACAAGGUUUUGAAAAUGGACUGGAAAGGAAAUGUUAAAAUCGUUUUUGAAGAACAAGGGUAUAAAUACCCUUACGGUCAACAACAAUUAGAAGAUGAGACUAUACUGGUAUGUUACAGAGACAGUGACACUAUUCUGAGAUUGUCGAGCAGCUUAAAGAAAUGUGAUAUUAUUGGACUAGAGAAAGCAAAUAUUUAUUUUCCAAAAGCUGUAACAUACUGUGACAGAGAACAAAAAGUGUACGUAAGUUGUUCAUCAGAAAAAGAAAAAGACAAGGCUGAUAUUGUGAAAGUAUUCCAUGUGAGGUGGAUAUAAACAUUACAAAGGAAUACGUCGUAAUCAAAAACAUCUCUUUAUAGAAUUAAUAUUUUCUUUUCUUCGUAAACUGAUACUUUAUGGAUAAAAAUGACGUUCAUACAGUAAGACCUUGCAUAUUAGGUUAUGUUUAGUGGAGAACAAUAGUUUUCAUGCAUAAUUUUGGCCAGUCAUAGAGCAAUGAGAUUUUAACUUGGCUCUGGCCAGUAAAUGUAUCGGUACAAGAUGAAAUAGAGUAGAAUCAUUAUUGAUUGAAUUUUUUGUGUAUAAUCAUUAAAGUCGUUAUUUAAAUUAUGAUGAUUAUAAAGUAAAUAAAUGUAUAUUUGCAUAGGCUUUGGAUAAAGUAAAUACUAGAUGUAGAAAAUGGUAUCUUAUUAAUAUCAGAGAAUAGUUAAAUUCGCUAAGCCUUAACAUGAACUCUCAAUAACCGUUUUUACGCAAGGAAUUAGAACAAUUGUUGUUUUAUUGGAAUGUCACCUAAAUGAGCUUGGGACAUAUUGAAAUUUCAAACAUUCUGAUGCUGUUGAACGCUAUUGCAAAAUUAAUUUACCAUUUUCGUCAUAUAUCUCCCCCUUCUCUAAGUUUAGUUGCGGUGUGGCACCAAUUAGAUCAGAGACAGGGAAAUAUAAAAAAUCUUCCAGAAACAUUAAAGCAUGUCAGUUGUGUGAUAAUUGUGUUGAAUCAGAAUCAGAGCUGCUCCACGUUAUGCUAAAAUGCUUAAUGUGUGUUAGGGAGAGACAAAUAAUGUUUGAUUAACCUGUAAUGUCAAUUAUAAUUUUAAUGUGUUAAAUGAUUCAGAAAAGUUAAACAUUUUGAUAUGGUUAGAAAAUCAC